CUUCCACUUUUCACCUCAGUCUGGUCUUCGUGUACAACUCGUUCAUUGCACUCAUUCAUUCUAUUUUUCUCAUUCCCUUGGCAACCAAGAGAAAUUGAAAAAUAGGAAACACUUCUCACAAAUAUUCCAUCAAUCUAAAAAGAAGCUUUUUUCUGCCUAAAAAAACAAGAUAUCGACAUGUCUUUAACUUCUGCUAUUGCAUCCUCAACUUCUCCUAUCCAGCCAUCCACUGUUAGGCCUUUGAGCCAGGUCUCCAUAUUGGCGGACGCAUCUGGAGCUUGCAGCCAAGAUGUUGAUUACGAUCAUCAUCUACGUUGUCGUCUUCCUCACGCUUUAGAACUCCCCGAGAUUCUUGCAUAUAUCGGCAAAUUUCUCUCACAACGAGAUGCACUCAAUUGCGUUUUAGUCUCUCGUUCAUGGCAUGCAGCGUUCCAACCCGUGGUCUGGGCUCACGUUGAGACUGCAAACGAUAUCUCGGCUGAAGAUAUGAUCUCACAUGCACAUUAUAUCCGCAGCUUAUCCUUGGCGGACUUGACUGGAUUGGACGGAGUGUUGGAGAAGUGUACUCGGUUAGAAACGCUGAUCCUAUGGCCCGAUGCCUUCGAAGGAGAAGAAGAUGAAGAGGAUAUAAGUAGUGAUGAAAGUGGGGAUGAAAGCGAGCGUGAGAGUCAGAGUGAGGUUGGAGAUGAUAAAUAUUUGAAGCAGGCAAAGCAAGAGGAUAUCCAAGACAAGGGAACUGGACGAGGUGGGCAUGGAUAUAUUACAAUAGAUGAUGAACGUGGCAGCAGCUCCAACUUGGGUGCGACACUGUUCAAAGGCAAUCCACUACUGCCUGACCAUCUCAUGCACCGUCCAAUGGGGCCUGAACAUAGAAGUAGUGAUGGUGUAUUUGCAGCCACUCAUGAUAAUAAUAGGAAAGAAGGACUAGAGCCAGCAGAAGAGAAAGGAUCUGAUAUGUUCAGAAGGGAUAGCGGUGUGGGAGAAGCCUCUGAAACUGGCUUAGGAGCGGCUGGCUCGCUGCAAGUAUCGGAUGCACAAUCACAUCAACAGCGGCGACAACAGAAACAGAAUCAGAGGCGUGAUAAGAGGGUCAAGAAACAAAAACCUAACACAAAGUUGACAAGCCUCCUAAUUCGUAACCGCAACUUAAGCAGAAUUGAAGUUUAUGUCGAACGCAAGUCCCCUGGCGGAUCAUUUUGGCGUGCUCUGGCUGCAUCUCGUACUAUCAAGCCUGCUCAUAUAUUGCCAUUUUUUCCACCACCGUCAUCGUUGCCAUCCAAUUUUGAUUCUAUUGCUGGCACUACUGCUUUGACUACAGCUACUACUACAAAAGCGACCCUAUCCGUUCCACGCCAUUGCCCAAACCUUUCUGCUUUCCAAUCACUUGUAAACCUUCAAGUCUACAAACAUAUCAAACCAUUCCUGAAGAUGUGCACUCGCUUAGAAUCCUUAGACUUGCAACAAUGCAGUCUUCGUCAACUAGAUGAGGCUUACUACCGAUCUUUACACUUCCCUAGGCUAAAAGAAGUGAAGUUUGGAAAGAUUUUUGGGACUAGUCUUCAGAUGCAAUUAUUAAUUUUGCGUCAGUGCCCAAGACUUGCCAGCUUGGACUGGAGAGUACCCCGAUUAGGGUUUCCAGUAAAAGAGUUUUGCGAGGCUUUGAGUCAAGAUUGGGAGGAACUGCAUAGUUUGAUCUUACCGGAUACAAGGCUGAAUGAUUCAGAAUUGGGUGCGAUUUUGAGAAGUGCCAGCCGAGUAGUCCAAAAUGAUGGCGGUGCUGAUUAUAACGAUCUUCGCUAUUGCUCAUCUGCUUCUCUUUUUGGGGGUCGCCAUGCAGAUACUGCACAAUCAAGCUUGAUGCUUAGUUCUGAUUUAAGGCCAAGGUUAGUAGGAGAAAGAAGGAAAGGUUUGACACGGUUUGAAGUUCGGAGGAGCGAUUUUGCAUCUCAGGCGUUUUCGGCAUUGAAAGAGAGUGGACAUUUUAGGACCUUGAAGUAUCUAGACUUGUACCAAUGUUCAGGGCUAGAGAGUUGGAUGGUGGCGGAGAUCCUGAGAGGCUGCCCAUUAUUGGAAAGCUUCGAUGGACAUCAGCUUUUGGCAAGAGAUAUUGUCAACAGCAUUGGACCAACUACUGCAACUACCAAAUCCCAGUAUGGAGCAUUAAAUAACAAUGGUAACGCCGAAGAAAGGGGAGAAAAAGAGUUCUCGCAAGGUUGGUGGGCGUGUAGGGAGAUCAAGUAUUUAGAUAUCCAUAUGACAGGCUUUGCAGCUGAUCCGCAACAAGAUCUGCAGAGGCAAUGGAAGGCUUUCGCACAUCUUGGAAAGUUGAAACAACUUGUGCAUCUCUCUGUUGGAGGUAGGAGCACGUCACGUGCAAUAGCGAACCCAACUAUAGCUUCAGCAACUGCGAUUGCAUCAACAGCGACGUCUUCAUCAUUUACAUCUGAUUCGAAAACACCCUCAUAUCUUCGUUCAGGAACUGCAACCAUAGGCUCAGCAACAAGCAAGCCAAUGAUGGAUACGCUUAGUGGUUAUGGAGGAUUAGACCUACGUCUCCGUUCAGGAUUGAGCCAAUUGAGCGAGUUGAAGAGAUUACGAAUGAUUCGAUUUACAGGAACAGAACAGGAGAUGGGUGUGGAGGAUGUGAUAUGGAUGUUGGAGAACUGGCCGGAACUGAAGGUGGUACAAGGAAGGAUGCAUCCAGACGAAGCUAUGCAGGCACGGCUUGAACAGAUCAUGAAGCAACACCAAGUUUCAGUUUGGUCUGUUUAUAACCCUCAAUCAAAACAAUGAGAAAAAAGAAAAAAAUAAAAUAAAUAAAUGGGCA